GACAGUGUAGUUUUCCGCUUCCAUAAACAAGACGGCUGCCAGGGUUAGCUGCCAGUCCUGAGUGCCUCUGGGGCUGAGGCGCUCUCUGAGGGGGACAGACUUUUACAGACAGGGAAAGUGAGCAAGGGACAAAAGGGGGAGAAAGUGAGAGGACGGGAAAGAGGGGAGGCAAAAAACAACAGGAAAAAAAGAAAGAGGAGCAAGAGCUGACAGAAGAGAAGGAGAAGGGAGAAGAAGAGAGAGUAAAAUAAAGACUGAGUUGAGUCUCUCUCUCUUCUCCUCUAACUGAACAGAUUAAGUCAUGGCCGAGAACAACACAAAUCUCUUUCUGGAAAUACUUGAGUCGUUUGAUGCGGUCCCUCUGAUAAUAGCUUUCUGCGUGUCCAUGGCGGUGGGCCUGGUUUUGGGGGCCCUGGUUUACGUGAUGUUGACCUGGAUGUCCCGCCGCAGAGUAGGCUCUGCCAGCAUCACCCGCCGCCCCCCUCGUCCGUCACGCACCAGCUCACGCAACCGUCCCGGCUUCAACCGCAACAGCAGCUACGACCGGCGCAGCAACAACAGCCUGGUCAGCGCCGCUUUCAGCUUCCACCGGCAGACGUCCUCCCCGGAUCACUUCGACCCCCUGGGGCACAAAUCCAGCUUCAGGGCCUCCACCUUCCACCCACUGCUCCAGUGCAGCCAGAUCGCAAGGGAGGCCGAGGAGGGAAGUCAGACCACGCUGCCUCGGACCCCGACUCUGACCUCCACGCCCGGGUCGGCUCACACUGCGGCCCAGGCAGCUGUCACCCCACCCAGACCCGAGUCGUUUUGGGGGAACAAUGGGGUGAGGGGUUUGCAGGCUACGCAGACCCCACCUCCAGCUUAUGAGAGCAUCAUCAGAGCUUAUCAGGAAACGCGCACCUGAGGAGGAGAGGGAGCGCCACGCUGACAAUGAAUGAAUGAGUUGAAAAAUGGAUUCACGAAUGAAACUGGAGUCAAGCUGUAUUGAUUGAUGUGACCAUGGUGGAGCUGGGCGGAGCGAACAAGGAAGCUAAGGUCAAGGUCAAGCAGGCAAUCAGUUUGGGUUGGUUAAUAUAUAUAUCGACAAAAGCAUACUUGAGUUUCAGCGUUCAAUACUGAUUAUUUUCAAUUUAAAAAUCAUAUUGUUUGACACUUUCAUUGUGUAUGCUUGCACAGAAUCUUUGUUUAGUCUCGACCAGGAAAAUCUACAUAUGCAUACUAUUGGCUGGGCAUUCAUGAUGCAAGGCAAGACUUGUGCUUUUAACCCUGCUGAUCACCGAAUCUAUGCAAGAGAGAGAUAACGUGUGUGUGUGUGUGUGUGUGUGUGUGUGUGUGUGUGUGUGUGUGUGUGUGUGUGUGUGUGUGUGUGUGUGUGUGUGUGUGUGUGUGUGUGUGUGUGUGUGUGUGUGUGUGUGUGUGUGUGUGUGUGUGUGUGUGACCCGAGAGGAAGACGAGUAUUUGUGUGCAGUAAGGACAUUUUGUGUGAUUCAUUGUUGUGUCCAAGCUAAACCUAGUGGAGACAGCUUUUGAUUUUUCACAUGUUUUUAUAAAGCCGAAGUAUAUGUGAGUGUGUGUGUCAUUCAAAGGACUUUAAUGUGUGUUUGCAUGAAAAGUGUGUGUGUGUGUGUGUGUGUGUGUGUGUGUGUGUGUGUGUGUGUGUGUGUGUGUGUGUGUGUGUGUGUGUGUGUGUGUGUGUGUGUGUGUGAUCUUGAGAGUGAGACAGAAAAGAGGGCAUUAGUUGAAAGAGGUUUUACAAUUUUAUAUAUGUUUGAAUGCCAUUUACUGAACUCUGCUUAUAAGUUAAUGUAAUAAAAGCAAGAAUCGA